UUGUUCUUCUUCAUCACAGCCGACCAAGUCUCUCACUCCGAGUUCAAUAAGUUCGCUGGCAAGUCCAAGCGUAACCUCGCCAUCUGCUCCAAAAAGGUCACAAAAGCAAAAGGCCCUCCGAUUUAUCCGCCGCAGCACUUGAUUUUCAAUGCCCUGAACACAACUCCUUUUGAUCGAGUAAAGGCUGCCAUUAUCGGUCAGGACCCUUACCAUGGACCUGGUCAAGUAAUGGGUUUGUCCUUCUCCGUGCCUGAAGGAAAGAAGCUUCCUUCUAGCCUGUUGAACAUAUUCAAGGAGCUUCAGAGAGAUGUUGGCUGUUCAAUCCUACGUCAUGGUAAUCUACAGAAAUGGGCUGUGCAGGGUGUAUUGCUGCGGAAUGCUGUUCUAACAAGUAAUGUCUGUUAUUUGCGUAAUGACCUUGUAUGUGUAAAAAACUGUCAGUUCUUCUCACAAAUAUGCGGGGUUAUCUUGGCUUGUAUUUCAGUAAGGAGUAAACAGCCGAAUUCACAUGCAAAGAAAGGAUGGGAACAAUUCACUGAUCACAACAGAAGGAAGGUGUGGUGUUUCUUCUCUGCGGAAGAUACGCUCAAGAGAAAUCUAAAUGGGAAUAAACAUCAUAUACUCACAGCAACUCAUCCAUCUGGUUUGUCGGCGCAUAGAGGCUUCUUCAACUGCAGGUUACCUCAAGUCCAC